AAUUAUUAAUCUAAAAAAACAUAUCAAUCAAUACUAAAAAACAAAAAAUAAACCAAACUUUUCCUCUAUCGUCUCUUUCACAGUGAUCACCACACUCUUUCUUGAACUGCAAUUCUCUGCAUCCAUGGCUACCGUACAACUCGAAUCCUUCUCCCUUAUUCGCUCCUCCAAACUCCCUCCUUCUAUCACCGCUUCCUCUCUCUCCUCCCGCCCGAUCACUGCCAGGCUUCCUCACAACACCGCCCUCAAGCUCCGAUCACUCGCCGCCACUCGUUUGCGGAGUAAAUCCUCCUCCAGAGUUUUUCCUCGCCGCGGAAGCGUUGUAUGUGAGGCUCGUGAUACCGCUGUUGAAGUGGCUUCUAUUACCGAUGGAAAUUGGCAAUCCCUUGUAAUUGAAUCUGACACUCCUGUGUUGGUAGAAUUCUGGGCUCCAUGGUGUGGUCCAUGCCGUGUGUGUCAUCCUAUAAUUGAUGAGCUGGCAAAGGAUUACGCGGGUAAGCUCAAGUGUUACAAACUCAAUACUGAUGAGAGUCCUUCAACUGCUAGUCGGUAUGGGAUUCGAAGUAUUCCAACCGUCAUCAUCUUCAAGAACGGUGAAAAGAAAGAUGCAGUUAUUGGCGCUGUGCCCAAGUCAACUUUGACCACAAGUAUAGAAAAAUUCCUGUGAGAUGGCAAACAAAGAAGGCUUCUGCUGGAAGUAAAGCUAUUUUACCCAUUAGCUAUAUCUCAUCAAGCCAAUUAUGUCAAGUUUGGAUGAUAUGUUUUCUUAAAUAAUCAUUUGUGGUCCUGUAUAGGGUUAUGGGAUGCUUCCAUAUUGUGGUUUUUUAGAUAAUUAUAGUCACCAAUAUGAUGCGUAAAUUUUCCUUUCUA